AUGAUUUUAUUUAUUAAAUCUAUCAUGAUAACAUCCUUAUUAUCAUCUACCAUAUUGGUAAAAAUUAUUAAAAAUGAAGAACAACAACAACAACAAAAUUCAACAACAUUAUUACAUGAAAAUAGUGAUAUAAAAUCAUCUUCUUAUUUAAAAGAAACUGUAACAAUUAAUGUUGGAAAACGUGUUCGAUUUGAAUGUGAAUUAGAAAAUUUAACAAAUAUGGAAGGUCUUUGGCUUCGUAUUGAAGAUGCCGAAGUAUUUUUUUAUAGUUUGAGUCGUAUAAAUUCUGAUCAUCGUUUUCAAGUUGAAAAACGUGCUGGUAUAAAAAUUUUAUCACCACCAUCAACAUCUUUAUCUAAGUUUAAUCAACAACAAAAUCAAGUUCACGAAGUCAUUACAUAUACUUUAACAAUCGAUGAUGUAAAUCAUUCGGAUGAAGGCAAUUAUUCUUGCCAAGUUGAUAAUCAUAUAAUAAAAUUAUAUCAAUUGAAUGUUGUUGAACAUCCACGUUUCAUUACAAAUGAUUAUAGUUCUACAACUACUUAUCGUACUCAAAUAGGUAAAAAUGUCACGUUAUCGUGUGGAGCACAAGGCAAGCCAUUGCCAUUAAUUACAUGGAUUAAAAAAGAAGAUACUCAAAAAUCAAUUAUUAUUGAAAUUUAUGAAGAAGAAAAUUAG